AAAUCGGUGCUCAGGUUGGGUAGUGGAAAAAACUGCGGGCUAUUCAUAAACUCAGUCUCGCUUCCGCACCACCCCACUUCCGUGCCGAUGUCGCUCUUCUCGCGCCGGAAAAACCCAGAUCAGCUGGUGAAGCUGCUGAAAGAUGCCUUCGCGGACCCGUCAGCGCCUGCCAAGCCUUCGAAGGAUGGGACGGUGAGGUGCUAGCUGAGUGUUGUCUGAGUUGUUGCUAGCUCUGACCCGGACUCCUUGUUGCUCCCCUCCUCUUAUUAUUGUUGCUUUAGGCCGUGGAAGAAAUUACCAAGCGUCUGAGCGAGAUGAAGCUGCUUCUGUAUGGGGAUGGAGAACAGGAGGCCAAACCAGAGAAAUGCGCGCAGCUGGCGGAGCUAUUGAUCGCUAGCGGCCUCGUCCCCAAGCUGAUCAUGGGGCUGGACAAGCUUCCCUUCGAGGCGCGCAAACAGUUCGCGCAGGUGUACAAUAAUCUCAUGCGGCGCGACCUUGCGGGCUUUGUAAGCUACGUGGACCGUAAGCCUGAGAUUCUGUCAGCCCUUGUGGCGGGUUACGAGAAUGCCGAGGUGGCGCUCAACUGCGGUACAAUGCUGCGUGAGUCGAUUCGCCACGAGAUUCUGGCCGGCAAGAUUUUGUACUCGCCCGACUUGUGGAAGUUCUUCGAUGUGUAUGUUCAUCUGCCCAACUUCGAGGUCGGGUCGGAUGCGUUCGCUACGUUCAAGGAUCUGUUUACGCGCCACAAGAACCUGGCUGCUACGUUUUUCACGUCCAACUUCGACGUGGUCUUCGCCAAGUACAAUUGUCUGCUGAUGUCGGAGAACUACGUCACUCGGCGGCAAUCGCUGAAGCUUCUGGGCGAGAUCCUGCUUGAUCGCUCCAAUUUCGACAUCAUGAUGAAGUACAUCGGGGAGAAGGAGAAUCUGAAGAUGAUGAUGAACCUGCUGCGCGAUACGAGUGCGAACAUCCAGUUCGAGGCAUUUCACGUGUUCAAAGUGUUUGUGGCCAACCCGAAGAAGCCCGAAGCGAUCUCUCUGAUCCUUGUGAACAACCGUGAGAAGCUUAUCGCGUAUCUAAAGAACUUCCAGAACAGCAAAGGUAUGAAAUUGUGUGUAUUUCAAGCGGCGACCUUUUAUCGGGCUAAAUGUUUGUCCUUUUUUGCGGUGCUGAGAACAGAGGACCCGCAGUUUAUCGAGGAGAAGGCGUUGCUGAUCAGGACGCUGGAGGGACUGAAGGUUGGCGAAGCUGCCUCCGAGGCGACUGACCCUCCUCCUGCCCCGUCAUCACAGUGAAAUUAUCGUACAUUGUCCCUGGGAAAGAAGGCUGGUACUUCUGCAUGUGCUUGAUGGCUCAGCACUGCGUGUUCGAUAAUAAACUGCAACAAAACAGUAGCUAGAAAAAAGUUGUUUGUUUUCACUCAAAUGCAUUGAAUAGAAUUGAAAAUCAUCUACUACUUCAGCAUCUAACAAUUGUAUGCGAC